GUGACUGCCGCACAGCAUGUCACUCCGCCAGCUACAUGGCCUCGCUCUCCCUCGUCCAGUUUUCUGACUCGUUCAAACAGAGUCUCGUCUUGUCCGACAGUCUGGUCCCCAUCACUACCGUCCAAACUGCACUCAAGAUCCAAGUCUGGGGUCUGCUGAACACUGUGAACGCGAGUAUAACAGAGAGUCUGGCAGACUUGGGUCUUAUGCUGAUAGAAUACAAAACUCGGUGGGACAGAGUGCUGUAUUCCAAUAAAAAGUUUUUUGAUGAAGUGCAACAUUUGAUGGACUUUGUUACUGAACACAACUUAAUGACUCGUGUGAUGAGGGAAAUGAAACCGAAACAGGAAGCUCGUAAGACCUGGGACCGAAUUUGUUUUGCUAUGACGAGAAUAAGUAUCAAAUUAAGACAAACCCAUUACUUCCUCUUCAAACUGAAUCAACUCACAAAUGUUGAGAACAUGGAGUACAUCGUGGCCACGGAAAGUGUACACAUGCGCAGCUACAACUGGGUAAAAACAAAAAUAGUCAUGUACCUUGAAUAUUUGAGUGAGACAUACAAUAGAUACAAUCCAAUCCUUUUCAGCUUCUCGUCCAUUGCUACUACCCAAAUACAAAGUCUGAAUUUUUCUACAGUGAAUGAUUCUGUGAUAACUGGACGCAUUUCGGCAAUGUCUGGGAACGGUUCAUCACUGAUCAAUGACAUAAGCUAUCUGGUCUCUGAUAUAAGACUAUUUAAUGAGGCUGUUAAAGAAAGGUCGACGACCCUAAGCCUCCAGUAUACUUCCGACAUGGCUACUGUUUGGCAAAUAAGAAACGAAAUGAUCGAGGCAAUCACUCCUGGUUUUAACAGUGCUAAUUUGUUGAAGCUGGAAAUCUACUUCAAAGAUCUUGCAGUACAAGAAUCAAAGAAAUCGUUGGCGUAUUCUGCUGAAGGACUGGUGUGUGAUAUUGGUGGCAGCAUUGGCUUGUGUCUUGGUGGUAGUAUCUUGACACUGGUUGAGUUUUUAGAAGUCUUUGCCAUUAUGUUUGCAAGACGAAAGAAGCGAAAAGCAGAUUUGGCAACAACAGAAAAGACACCCGGAAGUUAGAACGUUACUUGUGACGACUUCCCGCAUGAGGUCUUACAACAGCGUCACCUUGGCAGUGUGAUGUUCAUCAUCUUUGGAAUGCUGUCGUGGCUGUCUUGUAUUGCCACCGUAGUUGUCUGUGUGUACCUUGCAUUGGUACAUCGACAAUUCACUUUCUUUUCACGAAGUAGCAUGGUCAAACUAGUAGUUGACUUCCACUACGAAUUAGUCACAUUUUCUAAAGACAUAUGACCAGCUAUUAUGUCAACACAU